CGAUUGUGGUGCUUGCUGUGUCAAGCCCUACGGUCGGUGUCGCGUCACUAGUUGGCGCGGGUGGAGCUGUCAGAGGAUCGUCCGCCAUUACCGCGUCGUGCUGUGAAUUGUCCCAAGCUAGGCUCUGUUUUCUAAGUGUUAUGUAUUAAAACCUGUAUUUCAUGAUGUCUGGUGUUUUCCCUUUUAACAGGUCAGAAGUGAGAUCCGUGAACUACACGUGCGAUAUAUUGUAAUUGGCGUAAAAGCCGUAUUUGCCUACUCAUUAUUGUUCACGAAAGUAACGCCGGUUCUUGUGAAUUACUAUACUUCUGGCGCCAUUCAUCAUUGAAUACUGAAAACAGAUAAUCGGUAAAGCCUUGGUAAGGCAUAUUUUCGAGAAGAAAAGGUUAAGUAAGUUACUGAUGAUGCAGUACGUGAUUGAAGGCUAUGUAUGUCGUUAUACGACUUGGAUACAAUACAAAAACUUGGUAGAAUUACAGAGUAUGGUAAGCUUUAUCGUGUAGUUUCAAUUGUUGGAACGAUGUUCAAGUCACAAUAAACAUGUUAUCCUGAGGUUAUUAUUUACCAGAGAGAUGAACAAGAGGGAUGGGUGUCUGCCAAUCUGCACACCCAUAAUAGAAGCCUAGUUCCUGCAAAAUUAUUGCACAAAUAUGUGUAAUAUUGUUGUGUGUAAAUGGAGGUACAUAAAAUAUAGUAAGCGGGACAAAAUUGAACAUGGUAAGGUCAAAUUAUAUCAUAUGAGGUUUCACUUUUAUGUGAUUGAUAUCCACAUAUGUAACUUGAAGUAAUAAAUAGUAGUUCAUGGUUAAAAUAAUGUCAAUUUAUUACUGAUCAAAUAUAAAACUCACAUACAAAUGAUUAUAUGAGCCUCUUGGACUUCCCAAGAGAUAUUAGUGGACAUGGACACUGAAUAACUAAAAUAGAGCUAAUGUGUCAAUGUUUUAGAAAUAAAAUAGAACAGGCUAGCAUGACCACCAAGGGCCUGUGAUGUACAAGUAGAAGGAUUGAGGUGAUAUGUAUUGUUAACAAGAUCAUGUCACUCAUGUCAUUGAUUUAUUAUACUGUUUUGCUAGAAUGUGGCAUACGGAUAUAAAAGAGUGUGUGAGUUGACUUAUCCUCACUUUUGUCAUCUUUGAGUCAGGUACCAACUGUUAAUGUUGACAGUGCUAUAUCAGGCAGUAAUAUGAAUGAAUAAAAUAGACAGGGAACAUGAUUAUGUUAUGAUUUUUGCAGAACAUCUAAAUCUUAAUUGUUGGUCAUAUGAUGUUGUGAUGGAAAAUUAAUAUUUCCUUUUAGUAUGAGAGCAAAGUCUUGAUUAGUGAUGAAAAUUAUUGGGUUAUCUUUAAUCACAUUGCCCCAGGGUAGAUGAUACAUCUAAGUUCAGCUUCAAGCGUUCAUGAGAGAAUCAAGUUAAUGAGUGAAGGAAAAUAAUGUUACUUAUUUAAUUUUGACAAAUUAUAUUUGUAUCUAAUUUAUGUGAAAUGUUAUAUGUUGUUAGAAUUCAAAAUAGCUUCACAUUGCUCCAGCUGCAUGAUGGGAGUUGUCACCAAACUGUAUGGUGCAAGGAAUUAUUGGCAGUGAAGUAAAUAUUUGAUGAGAAGCAACUGAAGGUAAAAUGUUAAUGGUUGCCAAGUUUGAUGAUACAGCAUCAAAGACUGACACAAGUUGAGAAUUUUUAACUAAAGUUCUUUGUUUGAAUAAUUUGAAGUAUAAAAUUGUCAAUGUCAUGGGACAAGUGCAACGAAUGUACUACUAACUGGUAAAAAGAUAAAUACACAAUAAAAUAUUGAUGUAUCAAUUUGCAUAGAACAAUUACAUGUCUUGAAAUGGAAGUGAUUUUAAUAGAACAAUUGAUAUCUUGGUAUAGCUAAACCAUGUUGGAAUACCUAGAGUCAACACUGUGAGCAUGUACAUGUUUAAAAAAAAAGAUAUCAAUAUUCUUGAUAGAGUAUCUGAAUUGGAGUACCUAUCUCAUGGUCGUUCAUCGGGUUGCAUAGGUAUCAAUCUGUUCGAAGCUGUCAUCAUUAUUACUCCUAUAAAAUGCUUCAUAGAUGAGCACAGGUCUCUCUCCUCGAAAUUCAUAUAUAUAAUUAAUUCUAAAGAGACAGAUAAAUUACAUUUAUAAAAAAAAAAAAAUAGUAAGGGUUGAACCUUACCUAAAUACGUGCGACUAAUCUAAACAUAGAAUGUUAUGGCGAACACAGUUAUUGCCUAAGAAUUGUGGUUACAGAAUAUACUGGCAGGAGUCUGCUCGCCUAUGCGGCGAUGCGAGUCUGCACGCCUGAGCGGCAGUGCCAGUCUGCUCGCCUAUGCGGCGGUGCGAGUCUGCACGCCUGAGCGGCGGUGCCAGUCUGCUCGCCUAUGCGGCGGUGUGAGUCUGCUCGCCUACGAGGCGGUGCCAGUCUGCUCGCCUAUGCGGCGGUGCGAGUCUGCACGCCUGCGAGGCGGUGCAAGUCUGCUCGCCCAUGCGGCGGUGCGAGUCUGCCCGCCUACGAGGCGGUGUGAGUCUGCUCGCCUACGAGGCGGUGUGAAUCUGCACGCCUGCGAGGCGGUGCAAGUCUGCUCGCCUACGAGGCGGUGCAAGUCUGCUCGCCUACGAGGCGGUGUGAGUCUGCUCGCCUGCGAGGCAGUAAGCUAUCGGAUAUGCUGAGCUCCAAUCGGCUGCGACA